AUUUUCGUUGAGUUUGUUCUAUGACGUCAUAUCAGUUGUGAGUGUCAAGUGCAAAGUUCUGGGUGUUUUUAUCGCAUUUUUUCUGCAUAUUUAGACCCCCAAUUGCGCGGAAUUCCAACCAGGAAGGAUUACUGAUCAUUCACUGAGCCAUCCACAAUGGCACUCAAUGGCUUCCUGGAGUUUUUUCAGAAGGGCAAGACCUUUCGGCCAAAGAAGAGAUUCACCCAAGGCACCAUCAGAUACUCCCUGCACAAACAAGCACAAGCCAGUCUCAGUUCAGGCAUCAAUUUGAGGCAAGUGGUACGACUUCCAGCCGGAGAAAAUAUGAAUGACUGGCUGGCUGUCCAUGUCGUGGACUUUUUCAAUCGCAUUAAUUUGAUUUAUGGUACAGUUUCUGAGUUCUGCACAGUCAAUUCUUGCUCCACAAUGUCCGGUGGUCCAAGAUAUGAGUACCUGUGGGCAGAUGGGCUCAACUACAGGAAGCCCACUGCCCUUCCAGCUCCCAAGUACAUCGAAUUGCUGAUGGAUUGGGUUGAAUGUCAGAUAAACAAUGAGAAUCUCUUUCCCGUCUCCACGGACGUUCCCUUCCCUCGUUCCUUUCCCACCCUCUGCCGGAAGAUCCUCACACGUCUCUUCCGGGUGUUCGUCCAUGUCUACAUCCACCACUUUGAUCGGAUCGUGAGCAUUGGGGCAGAAGCCCAUGUGAACACCUGCUACAAACACUUCUACUACUUCGUCCAGGAAUUCGAGCUGGUGUCACCCAAGGAACUCGAACCCCUGGCCGAGAUGACCUCGCGAAUCUGCAAGGACACGUAAUGUUGUUGGACUUAUGUUAACCGCAAUUAAUCUUACCGUUUUCUUGUGAUUCCUCAUGCACUAAAAUUCUCGCAAGAUAAAGUGCAAUUAACCAGCCGGAUUCUGGGAAUACCCUUAGGGAUAUCCUCCCACUAAAGUGUCGCAGGUCUCCUCUAUACCCACCACAAUCCUCGGAAGUACUAAAUACUCAGUGAAUUUAGCAAAAUUCCCUAGAAUUUUGUCGUAAAACUUAAGAGCAAAAUUAGCUUUACAGGUGGAAGGAUUUAAUGGAAUUAUGGUGCUUUUCCAAAUAAAAAUGAACAUUUUUUUUUAGUACAUCACUGUUCUAAAGUGCAAAACUGUCGAGAGAAGAAAAUUCGAUAACUCGGAUGCACUUGCGUAAAGCAACACUAAAAUAAAAUGAACAUGUUUUUUAGUACAUGGACUGUUCUCAAAUACUUCUGCAUAAAUUUUUCUUUAUAUUGGUUGCUUUUAGAACACAGCGAGAACUGAGCAAAACCGUCGAGACAGGAAUCAACACGAAGAAAAAUUAAUAAUGCAGAAGCUCUUGAGUACAGCAGUGCUAAAAAUGAAUGUUUUUUUUUAGUACAUCACCGUUCCACAGUGCAAAACAGUCGAGACAAGAAACAUCACCAAAAAAAUUCGAUAACUCCUAAGCACUUGCGUACAGCAACACUAAAAAAAAUAAGCAUAUUUUUUAGUACAUGACUGUUCUCAAGUACUUCUGUAUAAUCAACUUUUCUUUGGAUUGGUUGCUUUUAGAACACGGGGAGAACUGAGCAAAACCGUCGAGACAUGAAUCAGCACAAAAAAGUCGAUUAUGCAGAAGCUCUUGAGUACAGCAGUGCUAAAAAUGAAUGGUUUUUUUAGUGCAUGACUGUUCUAAAAAGCAAAACAGUCGAGACAAGAACAAUCAGCAAGAAAAUUCGAUAACUCGAAAGCACUUGCGUACAACAACACUAAAAAAAUUAACAUGGUUUUUAGUACAUGACUUUUCUCAAGUGCUUCUGCAUAAUCAACUUUUCUUUGGAUUGGUUGCUUUCAGAACACGAUGAGAACAGGGAAAAACCGUCGAGACAGGAAUCAAAACGAAGAAAAGUCAAUAAUGUAGAAGCGCUUGAGUACAGCAGUGCUAAAAUGAAUGUUUUUUUAGUACAUGACUGUUUUAAAGUGCAAAACAGUCAAGACAAGAAACAUCACCAAGAAAAUUCCAUAACUCGGAAGCACUAGCAACACUAUAAAAAAUUAACAUGUUUUUUAGUACAUGACUGUUGUCAAGUACUUCUGCAUAAUCAACUUUCAGCAAAACCGUCGAGACAGGAAUCAACACGAAGAAAAGUGAAUAAUGCAGAAGCACUUUACAACAGCCAUAUACUAAAAAUGUUCAUUUUAACUUGGAACAGCGCCAUUAAGGGAUAUGAUAAAUUGUAGUAAAUGUAAGAGACAAUUUAGCCAUAAAAUUAACCAAAGUCUUAACUAGUUGUCGUUUAAAUAAUUGGUAAUUGUUAGAUUUAUGUCGGGCAUUAAUGUAUCCGUUUUCCUCUCCAAGCGAUUGUGGUGACUAAAAUUUUCCUUACAAGAAAUUGAAAGAACAAAUAAUACCAGUAUUUUUUGAGCAUUUCUUUAAAUAAGAACAAAACUUGAAUUAGGGGAAUGUGAGACAAAACGCAAUGUCUUUUAAAGUGCUUUCAUUAUGCAUCUUUUUAAAAAUAAAAAUAUCUUAUACUAGAUAUUUAGCAUUUGUAGUACAUGAUGUACUAAGCGCCUCAGUGGAUGAUAAAAUACUCACGAAAUUUUGCUACAACCUUAGGAAAAAGUAAGGAAUUUUAGAACAAAGAAAACCAAUUACUACUAAACCAAUUCGUGAAGUACUAAAAAAGAGUAGAAAUGUGCUACUCAGAAACAAGUGUUACGGACUUUUUCUUUAGAUCAAAAGAAGGAAGUACACUUUGCUGAGUACUAAAGUCAAGAACUGAAAUUUUAGAACAAGAUGAGGAAAGAGUGCUAUAAAACAAAAGCAGAAAGUUUCUUAGAACGAAAAAAACUACCUCUAACAAAAUGUUGCGGCGAGCAAUAGAGGAUAAAUUUCAUAAAGUACUAAAAAAAUUAGAAGCCCAAAUUUUCAAACGGGAUUAAAAACGUCAAUCUCUAGAACAAGAUGGGAAAUAACUUAGUAGAGUACUAAAAAACAAACACAAGUAGAACUAAAUGUUUGUAAAGUUUUAGAACAGAAGGAGAGACUAAACUUCAUGAAGUACUAAAAAAAACAUUAAUAGAAACAGCCUCCGAAACAAGUAUUAUACUUUUCUUUUAGAGCAACAGGACGAUAUAUUUCGCUAAGUACUAAAGAAAAUCAAGAGCCAAAAUUUCUUCCCUUUCAACAAAAUAUUGUGGAGUUUUAGAACUAGAGGGAUAAAUUUCGUAACGUACUUAAAAUAAAACCGGAGUAGAACGUUUUAAUAUGCGAAUUAAAUUUUUGCAAAGUUUUAAAACAGAAUCUACUUCUAAAACAAGAUGAACUACUUCUAAAACUAAAUAAAUGGCAGGGGUGUAAUUCUCUGAUUCAGGAUAAAAAGUUACGAAACAUUAAAAGAGUUCUAUGGCAGAGAUCUAUUCUGCCUUCGGAAAAAAAAUUGUACAGAGUAUUAGAACAAGAGAAAAAGAAAUAGUUCAUCAAGUACUAAAAGAAGUCAAGAGCCGACAUUUUCAAUUCAGGAUAAAAAAAAAAGUUGCGAAAAUUAUAAAAUGGAAAGGGUAUACGUUUGUAGAGUACCAAAAAAUUACGAUUGCAAAUUUUCUAUCUCUGGAAGAAAAAUUUGCACAGCUUUAGAACAAAAGAUAAACUAUGCAGUACUAAACGAAAUGAAAUUCCGGAAUUUUCUGAUUGAGGAUCAAAAAGUUGCGACAUAUUAAAACGAAGAAGCCAUGUUUCGUAAAGUACUAAAAGAUCAAGUAGUAAAAUUGCACAGUUUUAGAACCAAGAGUAGAAAUAAACUUCAUGAAGUACUAAACGAAAUCAAGAGCUGGAAUUUUUUAACUCACGAUCAAAAAUGUUCAAAAUAUUAGAACAGAAAUGCCAUAAGUGUACUAGAGUACCAAAAAAUCAAGAUUAGAAAAUAUCUGCCGAUGCAAAAAAUACAUAUAAGAAGUUUUAGAACAAGGAAAAGAUAUAAACUCCAUGCAGUAUUAAACGAGAAGAUGAAAUUUUCUAUCUCGCGAAAUUUUAAAUCGGGAAUGGCAUAUUUAGUAAAGUACUAAAAAAACAAAUGUCGAAAUAUUUCAACUCUUUAGAACAAAUGAAAGAUAUAAAGUUUAUGAGGUACAAAAACGAAGUUUAGAGCCGAAAAAAGACCAAGUUGCAUUAUUGCAGUUUCAGAAAUAGGGAAAGAUCAACUUCUAGAAGCAGUACUAAAAAAGAAAUCAAGUGCAUGGUUAAAAUUUUCCUGCUUUGCAAGAGUUUUAGAACAAUGGGAAAUUGUACUAAACGAAGUCAAGAGCCAAAAUCAUUUAUCACUAAAUGAAGUCUAAAUAAAAUCUAGACGUCUAGAGCUAAAAGUAUUGAGCAGUAGAAGAGAAAGUUGAAGAGUUUUAGAACAAGAGUUUGAACCUAGGAAUAUUAUUGCACAGGUGUAACAACUAGAAGAAGGGAUCAACUUUUAGAAGUGCUAAAAAAGAAUUCAAAUGGAAAAGUUUUCCAACUCCGCAGGAAAGUUAGAAUUUUAGAAUAAAGACAGGGCAUGAUCUUAUAGAAGUACUAAAAAAAAGACAAAAGAAUAUUUAAGAAGAAAGUGAAAAAUUAAUAAAAUUACAAUUAGGCAAAAAUUAAUUUACGGUUCUGUAAUAACAUUUUAGAGAUUUUAGACAUCUGGGAAAUAUCAGACAGGCAUUUAUCUUCUAGGAUUUGAUCUAUUUUUCAUUCUGCCACCAGCGCCUCUGGUGGUAGUUUUAGAAACUUGACAUGUUUGUGAGAUAUGUGAGACCAUCAAAGACCUUUCAUUUCUGCCCAAGAUAAAUAAAAUCCGUUCAAUGGAAUCAGAACUACUUUCAUUUUAGUUCCAAAAACAGAGAAAAUUGCAUUGCCUACUUCACGGGGUUCACGAUAUUUUUUGAAUUGUCCACGUUCUCCAAAAAUUCAACAAAAAUAUUUUAGAAUAAAAAGAAGGUCUUUUGCACUUUUAUAACCAGUAAAAAUGUGAAAAUGAAAACAAUCUUCAGUAUUAGUACUAAAUUUUUAGCACUGCGACUUGCGACACCUUAGAGAUUGGGACUUGCAAAUUUUUGUAAGAGCAACAAAAGAGCUUUCAAGAGGUUGCAGUUUUACAGGAAUUUUACCUUAAAUGUUGUGAAUUUGUCUAUCAAUUAUUUAAAAAAAAAAUCCUAUUUAUUAGAUGGUUGUAAGAGCAGAAUUGUGUCAUAAUCAAAAGCUAGUCUCAGGCAAAAAAGAAAUUGUUGCAAAUCUUUAAGAAUCCGGGGAUUAUUUAUUGUCUCAGUGAAUCUCACAGAAAUUGUCCAGAAUCCGGGCGAAAGACAUCACUUUUGUUUUGAGGUUGAGAGGAGUAAAUAAAGAUGAAAUAAAUGCGUUGUGGCUCAA